AUCCGCUUCGUUGACCGUUGUUGCUUCCGCUUUGAAAAUCUGAGUGGGCUGUGACUGGGUAUAGCUCCUGGACAGACUUUGGCGUUCAGUUCACUAAAAGUUAGGAGCAACAAGGGCAGAGCUGUAAAUCAACGUAUUCAAUAAAUGCCUUUUCCGUUAUAAGGGAAUAAAAAACCAGUCGAAAUAUGUCGUCUAAUUCUAAUCUCACCAACAUGCGUCGGCUUGUGGAACAACUGAAACUGGAGGCCAGUGUUGAGCGGAUAAAGGUGUCCCAGGCUGCUGCGGAGCUCCAGCAGUACUGCCUCCAGAAUGCCUGCAAGGACGCCCUGCUGGUGGGGGUCCCCACGGGGAGCAACCCUUUUAGGGAGCCCCGCUCCUGCUCACUCCUCUAGAGCACAGGGUAUUGCACAAGACCUGGGCCUGGACAGAUACUACAUGACCUUCUGAGCAGCCUGGUCUUAAGAGGAAGCAAGCACACCACAAGGGAAACCUGCUUUUCCAAACAACUGUGUUUAUCAAGUACUUAUUUGACUCUGUGCCUUCAAAUUAGCUAAAUUUUCUUGGUUGUUUCAUGCAAAGAAAUUGGCAGAAUUUCGUAACAUUUGAUUGCAUGACAUGGAUAAAUGUUUACAGGCGUGCGGUAUGAAACUAUUUGAACCCAGUGUUUUUAAUUGUGGGAUGCUUUGCCUGUGUUGACACUGAGGUUCAUUUCCAGAAUUAGAAAGCACAGAAAAAUGUGCAGUUCUCUGUUUACUGCUGUGGUUGACAGUGAAAGACCUUCUUUAAAACAUGAGAGAUCUUCAUUUAUAAAUACAAGAUGAGGUACCAGUCAGAUGACUUUAGGGUUGAGUGUUUUUCAUGGUGUGGGUAAGCUUCCAGGUCAUCCAGUGGCAUGGGUACUGUUAAUUUCUUAGCCUGUAUGAUUAAUCUUCACCAAACAGUUAUCAACUGGUUUCACUGCCAAUCUUUAUACCUAAAACACAUUUUCCAAAUUUGGUCUGACUGAGACUAAAUGAAUGCUUUCAGGAGAAAAGAAUGUAACCUAUGGUAUAGACACUGUUGAAGUUCCCAUAUGAAAAUGUGGGUCAGUUCGUUGCACUUUAUAGAGAGACAUCUAAAACAUUUUUAAUCUUAAAUUCAAGGGAUGAAUAAAUUCAAGGGAGUACUUAAAUGGGACGUUUUAUUUGAUAAUGAACAGGCACCAAGUAAGACUAUAUUUAUUUUUGUCAGUUGAAAGGAUUUGUAGCUUUUAACCAACUCUGUACCUUGCUGGGGACUAUAAAUUGGCUAAACUGAGAUGAUCAGAGAAUAUCUUGUUAUGCAUGGUGCUCAAAACUAUAGCAUAUGCCUUACUGGUCAUUUUUGAAGACUGUUGUUCAUGUUUUUUGUUACAGUCCAUUAAUUGUCUUGUGAAAGUCCCUGUAGAUUUUUUAAAAAUGUAAAUGUUGGUUAGAACAGUAAUUGGUAAAUAAAAAGCUGGUUAGUUAUGUAAGGCCUUAGCUAAAAUCAAUAUUCUUAAAUGACAUUCUUAAAUGUUUUUAUCUUCAGCUUUUCGUCCAUUUCUUUGCUGUUGCUCUACUAAGGUGCACGUGCACAUUUUUGAUAUGAAUGCUUUUAUAAUAUCAUUAUAUUGUUUUAUAUGUUUAUAAUGAAAAAAAAAAUACUAAAACUAAUUUGUUUGAUCCUUGAGUGAAAUGUUCAUCACCAAACUGUUGUGCACGGAUAAGCAGCAUGUUCUUGGAUCGAAUCCAGACGGUCCCAGUGUUGGCUCGUGGCUGGUAGUUCCGCUGGGCGAUGCGAAAUUGAUUAUUGCAUCACUCUGGGUGUGGGGGGGGUUCGGGGUCUACGUUUCAUCGCUUUAUAGCGACCCCCGCUGGUCGAUCGGGUGCUUGCGGGCUACGUGCCAAAGCAGCACGUAAAGGUUCUUCCUCGGACUCCACUUUGUGCGAGCUUAGCUGUCGGCUGUGGUGUGAAAAGAAGCAGACUGGCGACACCAAGUGUUUAAGAGGAGAACUGCAAAUGUCUUCGCUCUCCUGAAUUGGCAGCGGGGUUUGCACAUGGAUGCGGCUGCGGUUGCAGAUAGUUAGACAUUACAAAUUAGGGUGGAAAUUGUACACAUAAAACCCUUGGUGCUAAAUAAAUUUUUAAAAAUAAACAAAAAACCAGUCUCAUAAAACAUGACAUGUGUCGUUAUCCUUUGGCUCUGACCCUCACCUGCAAUUGUGCACCUCCCUGUGUGCCUGCUGGCCAGUCUCCAUGGUCAUUGGUAAGAUUCAAUGCCAGACAUCAUUCCUUGCAGUCUGGAUGGGAAGAGUCCAUUGUAAAUGAGCUUUUAUUUUGUCAUUUUUGCAACAGUUAUUCAGAGCAUUUAGGAUUGUUCAUAGAAUACAUAGCAGAGAAAUAAUUAGCAAAAACACAACAAAGGCUUUUGGAGAAAGCAUAUUUACUUAUUCCGCUAUGCCAUUUAGAGCUCCAAUAGAUGCCAAAGAAAAUAGUCAAGAGUUGCUGAUUUGAUGCAGAGUAAUAAGAAUCCUCUUCAUUUUAAAUAGGAAAAGUGUUUCACAAAGCAAGCAGUUGUUGCUCUGGUAAUUACCUUUCACAUCUGAAGCCAGCUGCAAUGUCAAUCAACAAUCACGGUGUUUAAUAUAAAUCAUUACAGUCAAUGCUUUUCUUUGUCAUGCCAGUUUAAUAUGUGGAUGCUUUAUAUUUACACACGCGCACAUAAAAUGCAUGCAUGUAAAAUUAAGUAUAUAUACUAUAUGCUUGUGCAUUAGUGCGAUAUGUAAGGAAAAACAGAAGAGCAACGCCUCCUCAGGAGACUGACGAUGUCAAUGCAGGACGUGAUCAGACUGUCAGCAAGAACAGUCCGUCGACAACUACAUAGAGAGGGAUAUUAUAGCAGGCUUGCAGUGCAUAAACCCCACAUUACAAAGAUAAAUGCAUAUUUGAGAGUUCAGUGGUGUAAAACCCACAUGCACUGGUCUACAGAGAAGUGAUAUGGCCAGAUGAGUAAUCUUUCACCAUAUUCUCGACAAGUGGGCGAGUGCAUAUGUGGUGUACACCAAGAGAACAGAACAGGCCUGAAUGCUUGACCCCUACAGUGAGGAGGUCUGUUAUGCUGUGGGGGGCAUUUUCCUGGCAUGGUUUGGGUCCACUUUCCCCCUUAGAGGGAAGGUUCGCUACAAAUCAAUUCAAAGUUGUUCUGAAUGAUCACCUUUAUCCUAUGAUGGACCAUAUGAUACUAUGAUACCAGGAUGACAAUGCCCCCAUCCACAGGGCAUGAGGGGUCACUGAAUGGUUUAGUAAGUAUGAAAACGAUGUGACUAAUAUGCUAUGGCCUUCACAGACACUAGAUCUCAACCCAAUUGAACACAUAUGGGAGAUUUUGGAGCAACGCGUUAGACAGCGCUCUCCACCACCAUCAUCAAAACACCAAAUGAGGGAAUAUCUUUUGGAAAAAUGGUGUUCCACCCCUCCGGUAGAGUUCCAGACACUUGUAUAAACUAUGCCAAGGUACAUUGAAGCUGUUCUGGCGGCUUGUGGUGGACCAACUUACUUAGACACUUUAUGUUGGUUUUUCCUUUAAUUUGUCACCCGUUUGUAUAUGUGUUGUUGGGUACAGUCACACAGUACACAUAGGCUACGUCUUUCGUCCAGCUCAAAUAUCGUUCGUGUCGCGUGAGUACUGGGUUCUAUGUGUUUCCGAACUGUCACGCCACUUGCGUUUCUGUAGGUGCAGUGGAUUAUGGCCAUUGUAGUAAUUGAGAUGCUUAUUUCUGUGCGGCCUGUGUUGAACAGCUGCCUUUUAAAAUUUACAACUUAAAAUACUAGCUCAUUGAGCUUGGAGAAAAACACCGUUUGUCGACCGAAUUAAAAUAAUUCAAAUAACUUAACCGACGUUGAUUGAUUCAUUAUUUUUAUCCGGAAGAAACACAGAAAUGUCGGUUAUUCGCCCAGGAGUGGAGCGCACUGCAUCCGGUCCCUUCAUAUGCUCAGCUGAACCAGACUGAGUGUCCUUAACCGUGGGAUCUAAAUAUCUGAAAAUAUUCUCUUUUAAAAUAAACCUUAAUAUACAUUUUAUCCCUGAUUCCCCCUUUCCUCAAAUUUGCAUUUUCCAGUUAUUGUAUUUAUGGUGUGCUGGCAAUACAGAUGUGGUUUUUCAAUUUCACCACUAGAUGGACACCGUCAAUAAUUGUACAGUAAAGAUGUGUUUGGAGACCGUGGAGCCAGGCAGAAAAUGAGUCCCGUACGGUCCUGCAAAUGAACGAUUUUAAUAAGUGUCCUGUUUGUUUUGUGGAUCCGUACAUAAAUAAAUUUAUGUAAAUAAUCAA